AUGAGUGAAAGAGGACGACCUAACAAGAAGACAAAGCACGACGAUCAAAAGAUGAAAAAGAUCCAAAACGAAGAAGCAUUAUAUUCAGAUGAUGAUACUGGUGAUCAUGAUGGUAUAUAUUUUGAAGGUGAAGGAGGAGCGGUGGAGGAAACGGAUUUUAGUAAAUUGGAGUUGAAGGCAGACCAUGCAAACAGACCUCUGUGGGCAUGUGGAGGUGGAAGGAUUUUCUUGGAAACUUUUUCUCCUCUCUAUAAACAAGCCUCUGAUUUUCUCAUCGCCAUAGCUGAACCUGUUUGCAGGCCAGAGUCAAUGCACGAGUAUAAUCUAACACCACACUCGUUGUACGCUGCUGUUUCCGUUGGCCUUGAGACAGAAGCUAUCAUUUCGGUUUUAAACAAACUGUCAAAGACUAAGUUACCAGAGGAUAUGAUUAGUUUCAUCUAUGCUUCUACUGCCAAUUACGGGAAAGUGAAGCUGGUUUUGAAAAAGAACCGUUAUUUUAUUGAAUCCCCUUUCCCUGAGGUGUUGAAAAAGCUUCUCCAAGAUGGUGUUAUAAACGGAGCAAGAUUUUCUUCUGAGCCAUACUGUGGCGCUGAUGGAUUCACGGUUGGCAAAACAAGCGGUGAACUUGAAGCAGGACAUGGGGAGCUGUUGAAUGAAGCAGAAUCGGCAGCAGCAGCAGAAGAAAAAGAAACUCACUCCUUUGAGAUAGACCCGGCACAGGUGGAGAAUGUGAAGCAGCGUUGCUUGUCGAAAGACUUGAAUUACCCUAUGUUAGAGGAAUAUGACUUCAGGAACGACAAUGUUAAUCCUGAUCUUGACAUGGAACUGAAGCCCCAUGCACAACCGAGGCCAUACCAGGAAAAGAGUUUGAGCAAAAUGUUUGGGAACGGAAGAGCAAGAUCCGGGAUCAUAGUGUUGCCAUGUGGUGCUGGUAAAUCUCUGGUUGGUGUUUCUGCAGCGGCUCGUAUAAAGAAGAGUUGUCUUUGUUUGGCAACAAAUGCUGUCUCGGUGGAUCAAUGGGCCUUCCAGUUCAAGCUGUGGUCUACUAUUAGGGAUGACCAGAUAUGCCGUUUUACUUCUGAUAGUAAAGAAGCAUUCCGUGGAAAUGCUGUUGUUGUUGUCACAACUUAUAAUAUGAUUGCCUUUGGUGGUAAACGAUCUGAGGAAUCAGAGAAGAUCAUAGAAGAAAUCAGAAACAGAGAGUGGGGGUUGCUGCUCAUGGACGAGGUCCAUGUGGUUCCGGCCAAUAUGUUUAGGAAAGUUAUCAGUAUCACAAAAUCUCACUGCAAGCUAGGACUUACAGCCACCCUUGUGAGAGAAGAUGAAAAGAUUACAGAUUUGAAUUUCCUCAUUGGCCCCAAACUAUAUGAAGCCAAUUGGCUAGAUUUAGUUAGAGGAGGGUUCAUUGCAAAUGUUCAGUGUGCUGAAGUUUGGUGUCCUAUGACCAAAGAGUUUUUUGCUAAAUAUUUGCAGAAAGACAACUCCAAGAAAAAACAGGCACUCUAUGUGAUGAACCCUAACAAGUUCAGAGCCUGUGAGUUUCUGAUACGUUUCCAUGAAGAACAACGUGGGGAUAAAAUCAUUGUCUUUGCAGACAAUCUUUUUGCACUUACAGAGUAUGCGAUGAAACUCCGGAAACCCAUGUUUUAUGGUGCAACAAGCCAUGUCGAACGAACAAAAAUUCUUGAAGCGUUUAAAACAAGCAAAAACUUGAACACUAUCUUCCUGUCCAAGGUUGGUGAUAACUCAAUAGAUAUUCCUGAAGCUAAUGUGAUUAUCCAGAUUUCAUCACAUGCUGGUUCUAGACGUCAAGAGGCUCAGCGUUUAGGUCGUAUCCUUAGGGCUAAGGGUAAACUUGAAGAUAGAAUGGCUGGUGGAAAAGAAGAGUAUAAUGCAUUCUUCUACUCGCUUGUUUCUACAGAUACACAGGAAAUGUAUUAUUCAACGAAAAGACAGCAGUUCUUGAUCGACCAAGGUUAUAGUUUCAAGGUUAUAACAAGCCUUCCACCUCCUGAUGCUGGUUCAAGCUUAAGCUACAGCACUCAACAAGAACAGUUAUCUCUUCUCACAAAGGUGUUGAAUGCUGGAGACGAUCUGGUAGGUUUAGAGCAAUUGGAAGAAGACACAGAUGGAAUGGCCCUGCAAAAUGAUAGAAGGAGCAAACGAUCGAUGAGUGCAAUGUCCGGUGCCGAUGGAAAUGUCUACAAGGAAUACAACUCUGGCCGUCACAAAUCUUCAGCUCAACAGUCCAAGAAACCUAAACACCCUAUCUUCAAAACACGUUUCGUGUCAUGA